GUUAUUUUCCGAAAUGUUGAACUAUUGAAUAAUAGGCUGUACCAGGUGACACAAUUUAGAACAAACAUCACUCUUCACUUUCGUGUCAUGUGCGUUGCGACUUAUAGUAAAGAAAAAUACAGAAUAUGGAAUAUAUUUAGUGACUAAAGAUCUCAAUCUGUUGAUACAGAUUAAAUGGCUGAAUAUUUGUCGGAAACAACUUCUUGUUCUGAGAGUGAAUAUUUAAGUGAUGGAGCAGAGGAUUUGUCAUAUGGCGACCUAUCAGCCAUACCAGAAUAUUUAUUUGAACGUUCGAAGGCGAUCAGGGCAUUGAGCCUACACCAUAACAAUAUAGAAGUGUUACCUAAGUCCAUAAAUGUGUUUGCUAACCUGAUUACUUUGGAUAUAAGUAACAACAAUUGUCACAAACUGGAUGAUGCUGUGGUUUAUUUAAAACAAUUAAGGACUUUGAUAGCCAAAAACAACGACAUAGAAUGUAAAACUAUACCAAAGGACUUUAGUAAAUUACGAUCUCUAGAGGUGCUGAACUUUUCUGCCAAUUCAUUUACAGAGUUACCUCCACAGUUUACUGAACUACCUCGACUGAAAGCAUUAUACUUAGGUGGCAAUGUUAUUUCAUCAAUUACAUCAUUGAUUAGGGAUAUGUCUAGGUUAGAAAUUCUUUAUCUAGGUGGAAACAGACUUACAGACAUUCCAGCUGAGAUAGGACAACUAUACAACCUGACAUCUCUAGUACUGUGUGAUAACCAACUCCAAAGUCUUCCACCUACCUUAGUCAAUCUACAUCAGCUGAAAUCACUGAGUCUACACAACAACAAAUUAUCUACCCUUCCUUCAGAAAUAGUAACACUUAAUUUGAUAGAAUUAAGUCUACGAAACAAUCCUUUAGUUGUCAAAUUCGUUCAGGAUUUAACAUAUGAAGUGCCUUCUCUGCUAGAAUUUUCUGCUAGAGUUAUUAAGAUUGAUAAAGUCAAAUAUUCUGAGAAUGAUCUGCCAAAAAACCUACUCCAUUAUCUGGAUUCCUGUCGAAGAUGUGUUAAUCCUGAAUGUAAAGGUGUAUACUUUGCUUCUAGAGUGGAAAAUGUGAAAUUUGUUGACUUUUGUGGGAAGUACAGACUUCCAUUACUUCAGUAUCUGUGCUCACCAAAGUGUCGAACUUCACCAUAUGUACCCAACAGUGACACUGACACAGAUGACGAAGAUACAGCUAAAGCCAAGCUCAAACGAGUAUUGCUUGGAUGAUGACAUUUGAUGGAGAUUUCCUUUUGUAAUUCUCAAUGCCAAAAGAAGAUUGAAUGUGUUAAUGAACCAAUGAGGCUAUUUGAGUAUAUUUUAGUGUGAAGUGCACCUAAAACAUUUGGUUCUCUAUCCUAUUUAUAAACCAUUAAUACACCAUGUAUCUACAUUCUUAUAUUUAUUUGAACAUUUAUAUAAAAUAUAUGAAGUACUACAAUAUAUUAUUAGAUGAAUGUUAAUCUGAUUGAAAUAGGGGUCAGAUUUAUUUAUUCAUUUAUGAGACAUCUCUCUGCAGUUAAGGACAUCGAGUAAAAUAACAAGAGAUUUGGUUAAAGAAAUAACAACACAUACAAGUUUCUUCUGUUUAAGUUUUGAUAUAGAGCAAUUCAGAGUUAACCAGGAUGAUUUGGUGAUCUUUUGUUGAAUUAUUCUAUUCAAAUACAGGGGAUAAUUUCAAAGAAUUCAUCUGUUUUUUAAGUGAAAAUGAUUUAUAUGUAGAUUUUCGAGCAGAUUUAUUUUGUAUGCUUAUUUCUCUGUGUUAUGGUAACUUUUUAUUGCAUGAAACUUGAUUUAUUUUUAUCAUGUUUCGACGUAGCCAUAUAGUUUAAGUAUGAAUUAAGAAGAUUUAGCGUAUAAAUCAUUGAGACAGCAACCUGACAUCACCAAAAACCUAAAGACAUCUUGAAAUCCACAGACAACAAAAGAUAUGUGUCUACACAAUGGUAUGUUGAGCACUACAUCUCCCUAGUCCAAACAGUUGGAGAAUAAUGUAUUCACAACUUUUCUGGACUGCAUGUGCUAAGAGGUUAAUAUACUGUAUAGACACUAGGAAACCUUAUGUUGACAUCUAGAUGUUUAUUUGUAUUUAUGUGUCACAUUUGAUAUAUACCUCAUUGUACCCUCAUUUAUUUAUUUGACUUUUGUUGAAGUUUGGUAGUUCAAUUAAAUUUUAACAUAGUCAUAUCAUAUUUGCUAUUCAUUUUGUUUAGAACUAGUCAUAUUAUAUGAGGGUAUCAAACCUUUGUAACAAUGGUAAAAGGCAAAAAAAAGCUCAGGUUUUUUUUUACUGUAUUAAUUAUUAUACCAUUAUAAUUAUUUUUGCAAUAGAUGAACAACGAUAAGAAAAUGUGAAACUUAUUAUUAGGAUUCCAGGAAAUGCGAAAUACAAAAGUGCUACAAAAAAAAGGAUUUUAUUUUUCGUUUUUGGGAAAGCUUUCCAAUCUUAAAUAAUCGCAAUGAUAGAACAUCUUUAAAAAAAAACGAAAUUUACAGUAUGCAUAUUUGUUUUCCUGUAAUUCAUAAAUCUAUUCACUAUAACAUAUCCAGUCUCAGUCAGUUGUACUUUAUUUCCUGCAUUUGUACUUAGUUUAAUCAAAUAUUUGUUCAUUCAAUCAUAAAAAACUUUUAUCUAAUUACGGCAAGGGUUUUUUAUACGCCCGUUUACGGGACGUAUUAUGGUAUACUGUUGACCGUCCGUCUGUCCGUGCGUCCGUCGUCAACAUGUCGGACAUUAACUCAAAAACGCUUUUACCAAUAUGCAUGAAACUUUGGUGAAUUGUUUAUAUCUAUUGACGUGAGCUCCCUUUCGUUUUUUAUAAAUUUCAGAUUUACCGUUUCCGAAUUGGAGUUUUAUUCAUUAAAAAAGGGGGGAUUUUCCAGUUUUCGGACAAUAACUCAAAAACAAUUUCACCAAUUUGCAAGAAACUUUGGUUAAUUGUUUAAUGCUAUCGACUUGAGCUCCCUUUUGAUUUUUAUAAAUUUUAGACUAUACGUUUCUGAUUUAUGGGGUUUUAUUCGUUACAAAAAGGGGGAUAUUCCUGUUUUGGGACAGUAACUCAAAAAUGCUUUCAGCAUAUUUUAUGAAAAUUUGGUAAAUUGUUUCUAUCUAUUGUUGUAAGCUCCCUUUUGAUUUUUAUAAAUUUUAGACUUUAUGUUUCCGAGUUACAAGAUUUUAUUCAUAAAAAAAAGGGUGUGAUUUUCAAGUUUUUGGACAAUAUCCUUAAAGUGCUUAGAGCAGUUUUCAUUAAACUUUGUGAUGACUGAUUUAUAUCUAUUAAGAUAACCUCCCUUUAGUUUUUUUUAUAAAUUUCUAAUAUAACAUUGAGAAGUUAUUGAACUUUAUUUGUUUAUAGUCUGACAACAGAUUUACUAGUAUUGCGCAACAGCACAGUGUAUUGCACAACAGAAAGAAAUCUUUAAUUGAAUAUAAAUUCAAUUCAUAUAACCAAUUUCAAGUUCUUUGACUACAUUUAUUCAGAAACCUAUAAUAUGUCAAAUAUUUAAUUACAAUCCAAAUUCAGACCUGUAUCAAGCUUGAAUAUUGUGUCCAUUUUUGCCCCAACUGUUCAGGGUUGGACCUCUGCGGGCGUAUCCAGCUGCGCUCAGCGAAGCAGUUUAUUUAAUUUGUGGGUUUACGAAACUGCAGAUUUUUUCUACUUUUUAGAAAAGAAAAGUAAUUAUAAUGCUUUUAUGCUUUUUUUAAUUCCCUACCACCCUUGAAAUUUCAUUAUCCCUGAAAUACAAAUAAACUAUUAAUCAAUUACCAUCAAACUAUGACUGUUACAAAAUUAAGUACUCAUCAAACAGUAAUUAUGUUAAGAAAAUAAAAUCUUAUAAAAACCAAUAGCAUCUAAUUGGAAAAUGUAGUUUCCACAGAUAAUGUUAUGGAACACAACCUCUGUAAAUGACCAUUGCAAUAAUUUUGUCCUUUUUUUUGGUCAUCAUUUAAUAAUCUAUCAUAUAUCAGCCAUUUUUUGGGGGGAAAGCUAUACAACAUUCUGAAUAUAACUGUAACUUUCAUGUUUUCUAAAAAUCUAUUGACUAGAGAUUUUGAUUGAAUUACACUGUUCCAUUUGGUGUUUUUUUUUUAAUGGAAAGUUUAUUUGGAAUAUUGGAUUUUACAUGUGAUAAUAUGUAUGUUUACAUUUUACAAUAUUAAAUAAAAUGCCAUUCUUUUA